GAAGUUUUAAACCAAUGAAUGUACAGUUUACAAAACGCACCUGGGCUGCUGAAACUGAGAAGCUGAAGUUGAUAAACUUUUCCAGCUCUGUAAUCCUUUGUCAAUUAUGGUAACCUCAAAAUGAAGUAAAGAUGGGUAGAGGUAGUAGUAGGACAACAAAUGACAACAGUAACCAUGGCGACAGGGAGGAAGACCUGUUAGAUGAUAGACCACAACCUGUAGGAAUCUACGGAUGGAGAAAGAGAUGCCUCUAUGGAUUUAUAUUACUGCUGAUUAUCUUGACUGUAUUAAAUCUUGCAUUGCUAGUUUGGAUGCUGAGAGUACUCAAUUUCAAUUGGGAUGGGGUAGAGAAUGUCAAGUAUACUGAGGAUGGUAUGAGAAUAGAAGGACAGGUAGAAUUCCUAGAUUCUUUAUAUACAGAAAAGAUUCAGUCACUUCAGAGUAAACCAUUGAAGAUUGAUUCUAGUCGAGGGGUACAUAUAAGAGCCAGAAAUGAAGAUAACAAUAUCACAAAUAACUUUGUUAUAGCAAACAAGACAGUAUCAUCACAAUGUGAGUUAUUUGAGAUCAAGAACAGUAAGGGUCAGACAAAACUUAGUGUGUCCAAUAGUGGGGUUCACUUUGGUAACAUGGAUGUCACAUUUACAGGUUCAUCUAAAGUAAACUUUACAGGAUCUAUAGCCACACCUAAUGUAAGAGGACCUGUGUCUGAACCAUUGAGAGUAGAAGCCUUAAGUACUCAGCUGAGAGUAGUGGGUGACCAAGGAGUAUAUGUGACAGCUCCAGCUGGUAAAAUACUCAUUAAGAGUGCUAACCAACUCAGCUUGAUUGCCAGUAAAAAUAUGUACUUGCAGGCAAAAGACUAUUAUAUCAAGAAGCCAAGAGUAAGCAGUCCACAGAGUGGGAGUCCAUACACUGGUACUGUUUAUGAGUUAUGUAUUUGUGAGACUGGUAGAUUGUUUUUAUCCCAACCUAACUCUGAUUGUAAAGCAACUGAUACCAUCUGUCAGUAAUAGAUGAAAUAUUUCACACUGAAAUUGUUUUGUCGCACAGAAAGACAUUUUAUUAUUGAUAUUUGGUAAAUAAUUGUAUGAGUUCAGUCUUCUUGAAUGUGAAUAUGAAGAAAAAUGACAAUCAUUUUACUAUCAAAUUUGUUUUAGGAGACUAAGAAAGGAGGGCAUUUUUUUGUUAUCUCCUUAUACUACAUGGUCUAUGAAAUUUGAAUGACGAUUACAGAUAAGGAGGUAUAUUCUAUUUUUAGGACAUUCAACAUUAACAAUGAAUGGAUUUUGGGGUUCAUGAAUGUUAAGAAACCACAUUCUCUGAUUUGCUAUUAGAAUUUGAUAGAUUGUGCAUGUUAGAAGAAGUGUCUACAAACCUGAAGAAUAACCCUGUCAGAUUUACACCAAUCAAUUUACAUUUUAAUAUAUUUUAUUUUAAUUAGAAAGAACUAAGUUCCUUUGAAUAAUUCAGAAAUCCAUAAUGAGACAACACAAAUAUGACUGUCCAACAGACCCAUGUAUCAAAUGAAAGUAUUUUUAAUUUUAUAUAUUUAUUCGUAAAGUGAUAUGAAUAUUUAUAGGUUUUAAUUAUUAGUUACCUCACUAUCUAGUUAAUGUACAAUACUUGGCAACACACACACUUGAUAUUGCUGUAAAAUUUAAACGGCAAGUGGAAGUUGAAAGUAUAAAAAGUAGUUCAAUUUUUAUCACAAACUUUGUAUUUUAUAUGUAAUGAUAUUUAAGAAAUAUCUGACUUAUGUCACAAUCAUAACUAAUAUUAACUUUUCCCACGUGUAUAUAUAUAUAUAUAUAUAUAUAUAUAAUCAAAAGGUUUUAUCUACAUAAUUUUUUUAUUUUUAUCUAUUAAUUUCUGCAUUUUCAAAAAAAAAUAGUGAAUGUUUUCUUGAAAUGAGUAAAGUAUAAGUCAGUGACAUAUUUUUUUAAAAAUUUUAUAUUUAUUUAUGUAUUCAUAAAUUAUGAUUAUUCUUAUUCCGUCCAAGGAAGAUAGGUUGUAUUUUUAGUGAUGUUAAAUCAUAUAUUAUGUAGUUUUUGUUUUUAAAGACUAUGAGUUAAUUGUGAAUUUUUUAUUUUUAACAGUUGAAUAUAUAUAUAAAAUUCUACAUAUCUAUGGAAGAAAAUAUUUACAGAUUAAACAUACUUUUUUGCUGAAUUUAUUAUAAAUCUAUUAGAGUUAUAUUUCAUUGCUUUCAAAGUUACAUACUGUAAAUUCAGAAAUUAUUGCGAGUUUUUAGUAUGGCAAUAAUAAGAACUCGCAUUCAGAUAACUGAUACAUACAUCAGUAAGCAGAUUUUCCGGAAAUCCCAAUAAUUAGUCUAGCAUUAUUGUCCAUUCUUCAAAAAUUGCAAUAAUAAAUGCACGCAAUAACUUUGGAAUUUACAGUACAUAUAUAUAAGAUAGAAUUAAAUUACCUAUAUCUGGCAUUAUAUUUUUUGAAGAUCAUAGAACAUUUAUUUUUGUACAGAUAUACAGUACUUUAGCUAUAAUUUAUUAUUUUGCUAGGAACUCAUUUAUGUAAACUUGUAUAAUUUUAUACAAAUACAUCACUGUUAUUAGUUGUUCCAUAUCGGUCAUGCAGGAAAUGAUUAGGAAACAAAAUUUAUUUAGGUAUAAUAAAUUAUAUAUUUUAGAAUGCACGGUGCUGAUUUGUCUAAUUAAAUAAUGUAUAUUAUUAAAUAUGAAAAUGUAUCAAAAAUUGUUUAAUGUAUGCUACAUAUCAAAGAUAAUUAUUUGCCUUUCAUAUAUAAGCAUUAUCGAAAAAAAUAUCUGGAUUGCUGUGUUUCAAAUUUGCCUUGAAAAAUGAAAGGUACAGGAGAAUUGUGAUGAGGCUACAUUUUUGGCCCCUUGUAUUCGAAAGUCAAAAAAUUUAUAAAUCCUUCAGCUAUUCAUAUGACAUUGGUCUUUUAAACACCAGUUUUUGUACUUUUAAAAUCUGACUAACAUAUUGGCAUCAGGGCUUCAAACUUCUUACAGUUACUGCCAAAAUAGUCUCAUUGUGAGAUCUUGUCAUUAAUGUUUAGAUAUGAGCAAGAGCUUUAACCAAAAAGAUAAUUUGCAACAAAAUAAGUUUUACAAAGAUGUUACUGUGUGUUAAAUAUCUUUUUGGUUAGAGCUGUUGCUCAUUUGUUUUGUUUUUUACCAAAUUUAUUUAUUUGACCUAUAUUAUAUAAU